ACAUGCGAACCACGAAGCUACUACUAGAAAAAGCUCGGUGGUCGUCCUACCUUUCGAAUAAAAUGUACUACAGCCUUGCAAGUUGCAAGCUGGGUAGUAGCCAGUAGGUCGCAUCAAUGGCUGCUCCUCCUGAUCCCCAGCCUCACGUCAUGGUGCUUCCCUUCCCUGCACAGGGCCAUGUCAUGCCCCUCAUGGAGCUCUCCCACCGGCUCGUCGGCCACGGGAUCGAGGUGGACUUCGUGAACACGGAAUACAACCACGACCGCGCCAUCAAGGCCAUGGGCGCCGAGAGAGGAGCCGUUGACCCCGGCGGCAUCCACAUGGUCUCGCUCCCGGACGGCAUGGGCCCCGACGGCGACCGCACGGACAUUGCCACCGUGGGUAGAGGCUUGCCGGCGGCCAUGCUCGCCCCCCUCAAAGACAUGAUCCGGUCCAGGAAGACCAAGUGGGUGAUCGCCGAUGUGUCCAUGUGCUGGGUGAUGGAGCUCGCCGCCACGACGGGCGUCCGCGUCGCCCUGUUCUCGACUUUCUCGGCCGCGGUGUUCGCUCUCCGGCUGCACGUGCCCAAGCUGAUCGACGAUGGCGUCCUCGACGAAUGUGCGAACGUGAAGAGGAACGUGACGAUCCAGCUGAGCCCCAAGAUGCCGCCGAUCGAGGCAGCUGAGUUGCCAUGGGUCUGCCUGAGCAGCUUGCCGGACAGACGUAGGGUGAUCAUUCAGAUCUUGCAGAAGACCCACCCGAUGAUACCGCUGGCCGCCGCCAUCAUCUGUAACACGUUCGAGCAGAUCGAGUCGGAGGAGCUGGAUCUCGUCCCCAACGCGCUGCCCGUCGGACCCCUGGAAGCGCCGGCUGCGUCGAGGUCUGCCGGCCAACUCUGGCAAGAAGACUCGGCCUGCCUCCCCUGGCUCGACGCGCAGGCCCGCGGCUCUGUCAUCUACGUGGCGUUUGGGAGCUUCACCGUCUUCGACGCGGCGCGGUUCCUGGAGCUCGCCGAUGGGCUGGAGCUCACCGGCCGGCCCUUCCUGUGGACGGUCCGGACGAACUUCACCACCGGAAUCGGAGAAGAUUGGCUCGACGCAUUCAAGCGCCGCGUGGAGGGCAAAGGGCUGGUCGUGGGCUGGGCGCCACAGCAGCGCGUGCUCUCGCACCCCUCCGUCGCCUGCUUCGUGUCGCACUGCGGGUGGAACUCCACCAUGGAAGGGCUGCGACACGGCGUGCCGUUCUUGUGCUGGCCUUACUUCGCCGACCAGUUCUGCAACCAGAGCUACAUCUGCAACGUGUGGGGCACCGGCGUCAAGAUCCACGCCGACGAGAGAGGGGUCGUCACCAAGGAGGAGAUCAAGAACAAAGUCGCGCAGCUGCUGGGUGACGAGGGGAUAAAGGCUAGGGCCGCGAUAUGGAAGGACGCGGCCUGUACGAGCAUCGCAGAGGGAGGGUCGUCAGAUCAGAACUUGCUCAAGCUUGUGAAACUGCUAACGGAAUAAUAAUCUUCAGAUGACAUGAUAUUUCUUCAAUCAAGUCUAUAUUCUAACGUUUGUGUUAAAGUU